AUGGAGAUGUCAGAGAGUGAUGUCGCUGCACUGCUAGAGGCUCUGCAAGCACAAGACUAUGCGCUGCUGCCACCACUUUCGGGCGCCAUCGAUCGGACGUCGGUCCUGGAGGCGUUGCAAGGCAGGGAACGAUGGCAGCCCGAAUUUCCCGAGUUCGAGAAUGACACCAUGGGCCGUAGCUUCUCGCAGAACAAGGUCUCGUGGCUGGAUGAUGCAGAAGAUCACCUCGCCGCGAUUUGCAAGGAAUUAAUUGACCUUGCCGAAGUGGUUGCAGGGGUGACGCCCAGUCUGGGGCUUCCUUCUAGUGGAAGGACCAGAGUGAUGGCACAUACUGCAAGCACGGAGGAGGACAAGAAGCAGCUCGCCUUACCUGCCCAAGGCAUCAAAGUCGAGGCCCGUGUCCUCCAGGAUCGACUCCUCUUCCGGGAGCAGCGGAAGGUCUGCAUCCUGCACAUCGUGGGGGGCGCGGAGCAUGGAACUCUGAUUUUGCAUCGUGCCGGUCUUGACACUCCAGUCCAAUGUGAGGAUGGCAUGACUUUAGUUUUCCGACACGACAUUUAUGACUACAGUUUCGAGCCCUCCAAGGAUCAACAUGCCUUGCAGUUGUGGCUCUUGAAAGAUCCACCGCCAGGAGAGAAGCCCAUAUUAGUGGACCCGAAGGAGGCUCUGAAGAAGAUUCCUGUGGGGCCGCUCUACGGCACGGGCAACGACACCGUGGACGUGAUGAGCAUUUCGGUUCGAGAUCCGGGCCUGGUGAAUGGACCAGAGGAUUAUUGGGCCAUGCUUUCGGGAGGAUGUGACACCAUCGUUCGAGUGCCACUGGACCGUUGGGACUUGGAGUUGUACUACUCGGCAGAGCCCGAUGUCUCCGGCAAGGGCUACAUCCAGCAUUUUGGGAUGCUGACAGACCAGCAGAUGUCCAUGUUCGACAACCAGUUCUUCAACAUGACUCCGGAGGAGGUGAAGUUUUUGGAUCCGACCCAGCGGAACGCCCUGGAAGUGGGCUAUGACUGCUUCUUCCGGGCUGGCUGGAACCGGGAGUCCUUGCAAGGGACGGAGAUGUGUGCCAGCUUUGGCUAUGCAGCCAGUGAGUUUGUCGUCAACAUGGCCUUGCGAGGACAUUUCGGAUUCGAGUCCGACCUCUACCUCCAAACCAAUCCGUCUUCUUGUGCUUCUCGAUUACACUAUGUCUUUGGCAUGAAAGGUCCAGUCUCCACCACGGAGACGGCGUGCUCGUCUUCUCUGUCUGCCGUGGGCCUGAUGCACAACAACUUGCGGCCUGUCAUGCCGGAUGAGAGUGUGGACAUGGCCUCCAUGAGGAAGCAGGUGAAGUAUGGCAUUGCCAUUGGAAGCAAUGGGCACUUCGACCCUUUUUACACCAUUGCUCUGUGUGGUGCUUCCAUGUUGUCGCAUGUGGGGCGAUGCUUCACCUUUGACCAGUCAGCGGAUGGCUUCAUCCGUGGUGAGGGCUGCGGAGCCAUGAGCUUUCGGGUGAGCAGUAAGGAGGAUGUUGCAAGGCUUGCAGUGCUGUGUGGCACCUGCUUGAACCAGGACGGCAGGAGUGCCAGUCUAACGGCACCCCAUGGACCCUCGCAGCAGGAGUGCAUCCGUGCUUCCCUGAGAGAAGCUGGUAUCAAGCCUUUGGACAUCCAGAUUCAGGAGCUCCAUGGCACCGGGACCGCUUUAGGUGAUCCCAUCGAGGUGGGCGCCUUGCGGGCGACCAUGAUGCGCUUCGAAGGUCAAGUGAGACAGCAUCCUUUGGUGAAGACCAGCUCGAAAUCCAACUUGGGGCACACAGAGAUGUCAGCAGGGAUCAACGGACUCAUGAAAUGUGUGCUGAUGGGAUGCUUUGCUGUUUCGGCACCGAACAUCCACUUGAGGCUGCUAAACCCUCACAUUGAUGACGCCGCAUACCCGGUCUAUUUCACCCCAGAGUUUGUGGACCAGGGCAAGGAGACCGGCUUCUUUGGAGUCUCGUCCUUCGGCUUUGGUGGGUCCAAUGCCCGUGGUGACAUCUGGUGCCGCGCUCAAGCUGGGCAUCGCAACACCGCUCAUGAUCGCUCGAGCAUGAGCUUCGGCUGCGACCGGAUCUUCCGUUGCAUCGAAGCCUUUGGAAGUUUGACCAUGCCCCUUCCAGGCGUUGACCCCUUUGAGACGGAGCAUGGUGACUCCACCGAAGGACUCAGUGGUGAGUACACGGUUGGUGCGAAGCUCCAGGGCAAGACGGAGUACUUCGUUGUGAGCAGUGCCAAUGGUUGGUCCUACGGCAAGAUGACUUGGGACCCAUCCUCCAAGUCGCACUGCUAUGCCAUCAUGAUGGGCGAGGCGCUGUGCGAGCAGUUCCAAAUUUCUUGUGACGGGUUUGACGACCUCAAGAUCUUUCCAGCCACUCAGCUGGCGGAUGAGCAGGCCGUGGUGCUGGGCCCAGGCAUCGCUCCCAGCGGCCACACUUGGCUGAUCGAUGGACGGAAAGACAAGGUGAAGCCUCAUGCACUCUACCGCAUCAGUUUGCAGUGGAACGAAGAGCUCCGGAAGAAGAGGACAGCACAGAUGGUACAGAUGGCACAGAUGGAGACUCCGUUGGCACGGCGGAUGCGGCAGAACAUUCGCUUUUUGGCAGAUGACGCAUUGAAAGGUCGCAAGCCCGGUACCUUUGGAGAAGAGGUCGCUGCAGCCUUCGUGGCCAGCGAAAUGGAGGAGAUCGGGUGCCUUCCCGCAGGCGAGGAUGGCACGUAUUUUCAAACAGUGAAGAUGGUUGGCUUGACUGUGAAAGAAGAGACCUCAAGGCUUGGUUUCAAGGUGAAGGACUUUCAAAUCACGGGGACAUUUGGUGAUGAUUAUGUCCAUUCCAUGGAUCCAACGGACUGUGGCGAGAGCGAGAUCCUGUCAUCGCUGGAAAGCGACCUUGUCUUUGUGGGGCAUGGCGUCAAGGCGCCAGAACUGAGUUGGGAUGACUUUAAGGAGCAAAGCAUGGUUGGCAAAGUCAUUCUGGUUUUGGUCAACCAACCACAAGUUCCGCCCUUCCCAAGUGAUGAUAUGCUAUACUAUGGCCGCUGGUCCUAUAAGCUUGAAGAGGCAAGACGGCGAGGGGCAGCCGGGUGUUUGAUCAUCCAUUUUAGUGAAGAAUUUGCUGGUUAUCCCUGGAGUGUUACACAGACUGGCUACAAAGGAGAGAAAGUCUCCUUGGAGAAGGAACAGGUGAAUCCAUUGAUGCUGCAGGGCUGGUUGAGCCAAAGGAUGGGAGAAAAACUGGCGGAGGCCUUUGGUGGCACUCUGCAGAGCUGGUGCACAGAGGCCAGCAAGUCCGACUUCCAGCCCUUCACUGUGGGCCGCAUCUCUCAUGAGGUGGAAUAUCAGCUCCGACGCUUCCAGGGCCGGAACGUGCUCGGGCUCAUCUCUGGCAAUGUGGCCCCUCGCGAGGUGGUGGUCAUUGCUGGGCACCAUGACCACCUGGGAGAACAAGGCAAUGAAAUCUAUAACGGAGCGGUGGACAACUGCACUGGCGUGGCGAUGAUGCUGGCGACGGCGCGCCUCUUGAAGGACAUCUCCUUGGGCCGCUCCGUGCUUUUCAUGGCGCCCACCGCAGAGGAGUGUGGCAUGCUGGGCUCCGAGUUUUAUGCUCAACAUCCGCUGGUGGGCGGGCAGCUGAUCCAGCCAAUUGCGGCCUUCGCGUUUGAUGUGGGAAACGUGUGGGGCAAGACGGCGGAUCUGGCCAUUUUGGGCUUUGGCAAAAGCACCUUGGACCCAUUGCUGAUGGAAGCGGCUGAGAGCCAAAAGCUACGGAUCAUCCCUGACCAGCAACCAAAGAUGGGGCUCUUCUAUCGUAGUGACCACUGGAGCUUUGUACGUCAUGGAGUGCCGGGGUGCUGGUUCUUCUUUGGGCAUGAUUUUAUUGGCCGGCCAGCCACUUAUUAUGAGGAGGUGAUUGGUCGAUAUAUCAAGACGGAAUAUUAUAAGCCCGCGGACACCUACAAGGAGCACUGGAGUAUGGAGGGGCUACUGUCCCAAGUGGAAUAUACUGUGGCAGUGGUGAAGUUGCUAAGCUCCCGAACCGAUUUUUAUCCCAAGAUCCUUGAACAGGCGCCGCCGGACACUCCGCCUGUGCCAAGUCCGGACAACUCUUGGAGGAUGCAGGUCUUUUGGGAGGUGGUGGAGGCUUCGGACCUGCCGAUCAAGGUCGUGCGACACAGCUACUACAUCGUGGCUUCCUGGACGGCCUACAAGCCCUUUGAGAUGGUGCCCCUGCGCAAGGGGGAGCUCUACGAAUCCACCGUGAGGAUCGGCAUCCAGGACCUCGAAGAGUUCCAAUUCCUGCGCGAUGCGGACGUGCUGCAGGCCAUCUAUCCAGCCGAGAAGGGCGGUAGCCAUGCAGUUCCGGUCUGUGGUCCCGAUUCCUUGGGACGCGGGAAGUUCUGGCGCCUCGCAGGGCAGAGUGGCCAAGCCUGGCGGAUCCAACUGCAGGUGGGCGCGCAGGGCAUCACGGUCAUGGCAAUAGGCCCCCAGGGUCAGAGGAAAUGGACCAGGACGCCCGAGCCGCCCGGGCCCUCGACGGUCGGAUCGACGCACCGAGGUGAUUGA